AAUAGAACGUAGUCAGUACUCACUAGUCAGUGUCUUAAUAUUCACUCCAGAAAGUAAAACCCGCUAGAUUUUCUCACUACAAAUGUAGUAUCGACUUUCGUCCUUCAAUUUCUCCAAAACCUCAAUCAAUGGCGGAUCCAGUGAACAAAUCUUCCAAAGAAGGAGCUUUAACGUACAUCUACCUUCUCAUUUACAUCGCGCUUUCUAGUGGUCAGAUCUUCUUCAACAAGUGGGUUUUGUCAUCAAAAGAAUUGAACUUCCCAUACCCUCUUGGGUUGACUCUUCUUCACAUGGUCUUCUCCUCAGUUUUAUGUUUUGUGCUCACAAAGGUUUUUAAGAUCCUGAAAGUUGAAGAAGGGGGCAUGACCAUGGAAAUAUAUACUACAUCAGUCAUUCCGAUCGGUGCUAUGUUUGCAAUGACACUUUGGUUGGGAAAUACAGCAUACCUAUAUAUUUCUGUUGCAUUUGCGCAAAUGCUGAAAGCCAUUAUGCCAGUAGCUGUGUUCAUCCUUGGAGUGGCUGCUGGGCUUGAAGUCAUGAGCUGUAGAAUGCUGUUGAUAAUGUCAGUCAUAAGUCUUGGUGUUGUAGUUGCUUCGUAUGGGGAAAUAAGUAUCAGCUGGAUUGGUGUUGUUUACCAAAUGGGAGGUGUAGUUGGAGAAGCCCUGAGGCUGAUCUUUAUGGAGAUACUGGUGAAAAGAAAGGGUUUGAAGCUGAAUCCUAUAUCUAUCAUGUACUAUGUCAGUCCCUGCAGUGCUGUUUGCCUAUUCAUUCCAUGGAUAUUCCUUGAAAAGCCAAAGAUGGAUGCAAGUGGAACAUGGGAUUUUCCACCUCUUGUGCUCAUACUCAACUGCCUUUGUACUUUUGCCCUCAAUCUCUCAGUUUUCCUUGUCAUCUCUCAUACUAGUGCACUCACCAUUCGAGUUGCUGGGGUGGUGAAGGAUUGGGUGGUUGUGCUACUGUCUGCUCUGCUUUUUGCUGACACGAAGUUGACACUUAUCAAUUUGUUUGGCUAUGGAAUUGCUAUUGCUGGUGUCGCGGCAUAUAACAAUCAUAAAUUGAAAAAAGAAGCUACUCGAGGAAGUUCAAAAGAGUUGCAAAGUGAAGAAUCAAUACCAAUGGUCUCUUCAUCCUCUAACAAAUAGCCAUAUGAGCUGUGGCUUGAAUUCAAAGAAGAAAGCAAGCAAAGCUUACAAGCAAACAAGGCGGUAGAUGCAGGUGUUUCAGUAAUUUUGUGAUCACCAAGGAGAGUUAACAAGUGUUGAUAUUGUUCCAUUGAAAUAGAAGAAGAAAUCUCCUUAGCAGAAGGAACUAAUUCUGACAGUAGCAGCAACAAACUUCUAGUGAGGCUUUCAGUUUGCAGGGUAAGCAAGGGUAACCAUGAAUCUUGAGGCAUCUCUAUAGUCUUGGCACCUUAUAAUGAGUGCAAUAGUAGUGAUAUCCUCUUUUGUUGCCUGAGUUAUUUCCAGAAUCUCCUCCAUGCUGAAAUUUGUGAGGACUGUUGAACCUGUUGUCAGCAGCUAAGGCCAUAAGUUCAAUAUUUUGAUUAUUCAGAAUAGUCAAAUCCUUGUGUUUUUGCUCUUGAAGCAAAAGUCUGUAAGCCUGUGUGAUAGGAGGUAGUUUAUCUAUCAUCAUUCAUCAGGAUGUUAGUUCUGACUUGUUAAAAUGCUUCUUUCAACUUCUAAGGGAAUGAGCCAGCCUUUGAUCUUGCUGUAUCUUUGGAAAUUGUUUUGCAAGAUUACAAGAACACUGUCCACAUUCACAAUAAGGAAUAGGUAUAGCUUCAUCAAGUUGAUCCCAUGGGACCUUCAUUUUAGUAAAGAAUGAUGAAACAUCAUCAUUUUCUUGACUUAGAUUAGCAAGUUCCUGUAAGAAAACAGUUGUGCCACAUAAGAGUGACCAAACCUUUCUUCAAUAUCUUGCCAUAUAGCUCUUGCUGUAGGUAAGUGUAAAACACUUUUCACCAUAUUAGGUCCUAAAGACUUCAAGAUCCAUCCACAGACCAUGUUAUCUGCACGAUCCCAAGCCUUUGCUUCUUUCUCACCACUAGGCUUAGGUAGAGUUCCAUCAACAAAACUCAUCCUAUUUUUAGAAGAUAAUCCAAUUAUCAUCAUUCUUUUCCAGUCUGUGUAACCUUCUCCAUCAAAAAUUGUAUUGACUAAUUGCUGAGAAGUGCUAUCAGCAGGAUGAAGAAAAUAGACAGAACAUGGAUUCUGAGUGAGUUCAAGUGUACUAGAUGUAGUAGAUGAUGACAUUUUGAGAUGAAUUUUGUGCAGAUUUAGGAAAUUUCAGAUGAAUUAAUCACAACACUCAAUUGUGAUUAAUAGAAUCAACAGAAGAGUUUCGUUUCAACAAAACAAUCAACAGGAUUGAAUCAAUCAAGUAGAUAACUGAUCAAUUCAGAAAGAUUCAAAGAAAAAUUUAGCCAGAAUUUCAGAAAUUGCAUAAACUUUCAGAUAAGAGAAAUUCACUCCUUAGAACAACAAAAUUCCGAGAAAUUUGAAGAAGAUCUAACCUCAUGACAAUAGAUUUCAGGGAGAAAUACGAUCAAAAUUCAGGAAUUGAAAUUUAGAAGAUAUUCAGAGAAAUUUCAGCGAACCAGGAAUUCUUCAGGAAUUGUAUGAUUUACCUCACGAACAUUUGAAUUGCGGAAUCAAUUGAGCAAAACCUGCUCUGAUACCAUGAAAGAUUUCAUGAAAUCAAUACAUUUCAGUUAUAAACUCAGCUAGUUCAAUGAUGAACUAAAGCCGAUUGUAAGAAAGAAGAGAGACAAUUUGAGAGAGAGGAAAAGAUCAGCGAGAAGAAUAGUAUUGAAUGAAUAACUAAUUAUUACGAGCUAAUCAUCUCUUUAUAUAUAUAGAGAGAGAAAGCAAUAAACUGAAUAACAGAAUGCAGCGUUACUCCGACACCUUCAUUUACCUCAAAA